UCGUGAAGGAAUGUCAUAGUGCGUAUUUGAGGUAGCUAAAUUCAGACGCAAUUUUGCUGUUAUCUUCUCACCGCGUUAUUCGUAUAUGGUAAGUAGUACGGUGCAGUAUAAUUAUUCUGAUUGUUAUAUCCAGAAGGAGAGAAUUCUGCUAUCAAAUUCCUUGCCCAAAUUCUGCUAAUCGUACGCAGUAAGUAGUCUUCAGGUGCUCUAUACUCUCUGCAACCAUGGGCGAUCCGACUAGGCCGCCGCCCGUCACCGGCUACCCUGCCUGUCCACCCAACGGUUACCCCCCUCCUCCCGCCGGCACGGCCUACCCAUAUCCACAGCCCAGCGCGGCCUACCCAUAUCCACAGCCCGGCAAUUACUACAUCAACAAUACCGAUGUUUACAUGAACCCGCGCCGCAUCUUCCUCCGACGCCUACUGCUCGUGCUCGUGGCCUGCUUCGUCAUCGCUAUGGUUGUUGGCAUGGUCCUCUGGGUCAUCUUCCGUCCCAAAGUCCCCGAGGUCAGAGUCGAUUCGCUUUCGGUUUCCGAUUUCAACCUCUCUAGCAACUUCCUCUCAGCGAAUUGGGACUUGAAGUUCACGGUUCGAAACCCUACUAAGAGGUUCAGUCUCUACUAUGACGAUAUUUAUGCCUCAGUUUACUACGGCCACUCGAUGCUGCUUGCUUGGACCAGUGUGGCGCCUUUCUCUCAGGAUUCGUAUAGCGAGACACCCUCCAAGGCGACGUUUUCUGCGGCUUCAACGUUUGUGGACAAUUGGGUUGUGGAAGGGAUCAACAAGUCGAACCCCAAUGUUGAAUUCGAUGUCCUUAUGCUGGCUAGGGUUAGGUUCAAGGCCGGUUCAUGGAGGGCAAGGGGGAGGUAUUUGAGAGCCUAUUGUCGGGAUUUGAAUGUGCGACUUGGAAACCAUACGGCACACAGUUUAUCGUCUGGCAACUUGGUAGGAGGCCCAAAGCAGUGCCAAGUGAGACUUUCGUGAUGGUUUGAUUGCCCUUUCAGCCUAAAUAGCGGUCGUCCCGCUAUCCGCUAUACCGCUAUAGCAUUUUUGGGGCUGGCCGCUCCGCUAUCUGGGAUUGACAACACUGCUAAGGAUAUGUUUGUAACGUUCUGCCGAAUGUUUCUUGCCGAGCCCAAGAGCCUUCUUUCAAUACAUGGUCAUCCUAUAGUGGAAUGUGGGGAUCUCUUUUCAAUGAGUUUUUUUACAUUUAUCCCACUCUUGUGUAGCUGUGAGUGCUUUGACAUAGGUAUUAAGGUAUGUAUACUAACUAGAUAAUAGGUGCAGCAGUUGAGACAACACUAGCAGGUGAUGAAGUACCAUAUCAUUUUUCUUAAGUACUCAUUUUGACAGGCUGGAGUUUGGAUGUUAAGAAAUUCC